AUGGGCCCAGGAGUGUUGGAGAGGCUGUUCAGACAGCCUGUGACCACCAAUGAGAAUUUGGGUUUUAUAUUGCAUCAUUCAGACUUUCUGGGACUUAAAGGUUACAAAACUUGUAUUUGGAACAAGAAGGGGUCUCAGAUGGAAGAUUCCUUCCCCUCGAUCCCCACCCAGCCCAAGAGAUCCUCCCCUCUGCUGGGACCCAGGCCCCUUCCCGCCCCGCCCAGCCGAGCUGCCACUCCCCGCCCAGUCCCUGGGCCCGUGCCGGGCGCUGUCACUCACCGAAGAAGGAAUCGCUCACUGGCAACUUCUCCUAAGCUGAGGACCAGGGGUGCGAGCCAGGCCGGGCCGGGACCGCACGCCGCUUUUCUGCGGCCAGAGUCGGGGCAGUCCCUGUGUCCACGCCCCUGGCUCCGCGCGCGGAGCCGGAGCGGGCGCCGGAGCCGCAGCUGCCCUAUGGAGACGCUGGGGAGCAACAGCAGUUGUGCGAACGGCUCCCUGAUCACCUUGUAUUGCUACUCCCAACAAGUCCUCUGCCAGAUUGUCAAUGACUUUGAACCUGACAGCUCAAACAACAUCACACUGAGCAGUUGGCAAAAGAGGGCCAACAAGAACUAUGGCUUCUUCAUUGGAGUGGGCCUGGCUAUUCUCUCCAGCUUCCUCAUUGGCAGCAGCGUCAUCCUUAAGAAGAAGGGCCUCGUUCGGCUGGUAGACAAGGGCGCCACUCGAGCUGUGGAUGGAGGUUUCGGCUAUCUCUUGGAUAAAAUGUGGUGGGCUGGAUUUCUCACCAUGGGUCUAGGUGAAGCUGCCAACUUUGGGGCCUAUGUAUUUGCUCCUGCGACGGUGGUCACUCCACUGGGAGCCCUGAGUGUGCUUAUCAGUGCAAUAUUAUCAUCUUACUUUCUGGGAGAGCGACUGAACUUGUUAGGCAAGUUGGGCUGCAUGAUUGCCAUAGCAGGCAGUUCGGUGAUGGUGAUCCAUGCCCCUGAAGAAGAGAAAGUCAACUCAAUAAAUGAAAUGGCUUCAAAGCUGAAGGACACAGGCUUCAUUGUGUUCGCUGUGAUUCUCCUGGUAAGCUCUCUCAUCCUCAUUUUCAUCAUUGCCCCUCGGUAUGGGCAGAAGAACAUCCUUAUUUAUAUCAUCAUCUGUUCUGUGAUGGGAUCCUUCUCCGUGUGUGCUGUCAAAGGCCUGGGGAUUGCCAUCAAGGGCUUCUUCAAGGGACAGCCAGUUCUCCGGCACCCUCUUACAUACUGCCUUGGACUGAUCCUGGCAACUUCAAUCCCCAUACAGGUCAACUUCCUCAAUAGGGCUCUGGAUAUCUACAACACCUCUUUAGUGUUCCCAAUUUACUAUGUGACCUUUACGAGUAUGGUCAUCACCUCCUCCAUCAUCCUCUUCAAGGAGUGGAACAGCAUGUCAGUGGUGGACAUCCUGGGCACAAUCUCGGGUUUCAUUACGAUUAUCCUAGGAGUAUUCUUGCUCUACGCUUUCAAGGACCUCAAUAUUACCUGGGCAAGCCUUCCCCAUACCCACAAAAACCCAAUUCCACCUCCCUCCCCUGAGCCCACAAUCAUCAAGCUGGAAGACAAAAAUGUCCUCGUGGACAAUAUAGAAUUGCCCCCUCCCUCACCUGAGGAGAAACCCAAAGUCUUCACAAUCCACACCUAA